CUUGGAUGCAGCUGCUCGGCCAUGGAAACCCAUUCCAUGAAGCUCUCUACGCACUGUUGUUGGGCUCAUCUGAAGGCCACACCAAGUUUGGAGGUCUUUAGCUAAUGACUCUGCAGACAGUUGGCGACUUCUGCGCACUGUGCGCUUCAGCAUGCGCUGACCCCGCCCUGUCAUGUGACGUGGCCUACCACUUGGUGGCUGAGUGGCUGUUGUUCCCAGUGUCUUCCACUUUGUUAUAAUCCCACUAACAGUUGAGCGUGGAAUAUUUAGUGGCCAGGAAAUGAUAUGGAGGGGAUUGGGACACCUGAAUCACAUGAUAUGGGAGAUGAUUGGGACACCAGAGGGUUAUCACAUGAUUUGGAGGGGAUUGGGACACCAGAAUCACAUGAUUUGGAGGGGAUUGGGACACCUGAAUCACAUGAUAUGGAGGGGAUUGGGACACCAGAAUCACAUGAUAUGGAGGGGAUUGGGACACCAGAAUCACAUGAUUGGGAGGGGAUUGGGA